AUGACGCCCAGUUCUGAUGAUGUCCAUCAAAUGAUGGACGAAAGCUCAGCCGGUUUUCACCCCAAACGAGGGAGGAGGACUCGUGAACAGCGUCUAAGAGCCAAACAUCUGCAUUACAACAGGUGCAUUUCCGUCGUUCAACCUCGUACUUUUCAGCCGAUUUCAGUGUCCGUCAGGAGGGGAUUUGCAUGGCUCACCAGGUACACAGCCUUCGAAGCCUGCCAGCCUCGUGAAGCCCGGACAACAGGAGAGAUCGCGUCUCGUUGUCGGCUCAAGUACCGUCUUGUAGCUGACUGCAUAAUGCCUCCUGGCGAUUGA